AUGAAAUUUAAAUUUUGUGGUGAUCUUGAUGCUCCUGAUUGGUUAUUAAGAGAAAUUAAUACAUUAUCAAAAAUUACAAAUAUUAGAAUUAAAUUGAUAACUGUCCAAGUUGUAAAUAGUUUAGCAUCAGGUGAAAAUAUAGAUUUUGAUAAAGUAGAAAAAUUAGUUAAAGAUGCCUCAUUUGUAGUAUCAGAUAUUAAAGCUUUAAUUGCAGCAGUACAUUUUAUAAUCUUCAACUCUGUAAAGAAUGAUGUUGAUGAAACAACCCUUUCAACUGAACUUCAACAACUUGGUUUACCAAAAGAACAUUGCGAUUCAAUUUCAAGAGCAUUUAGAGAACAUAAAGAAAAAUUACGUCAAAUUUUUUAUAACAAUACAUUAAAAUUACCAAGUUUAGAAUCAUUAGAUUGGAGAGUAGAUUUUAUUUUAAGUUCAAAUACAAUUCAAGAAGUUAAUGCACCAAAUGUUCAAUUAAAUUUCAAAGUUAAAAACCCAUCAAAUGGUGAGAUUACAUCACAUCCAUUUGAAAUAAGCGCAAAGAAAUUUAAUGUAUUAUAUUAUGAAUUAAAAGGUGCAAAAUUAUUAAUCGAACAAGCCAGUCAAUAA